AUGAGCAAAUCCAAUGCCGACAGCAGCACCAGACAAAGCCGGUCACCGCCAAGCUCGUUGACUGUUGCUUCCACCGCAGACUAUUCUAACCCGGUUGAUGGGAUGGGGUGCAUGAUGUUCUCGGCUGAAGAGGACGUAGGAUACUUUGGCCCAACCUCGACCGCUGCUUUCUUAGACCGCAUUGUCAAAGCUUAUAAACAUCUCCAACAAGAGCGCGUGCCCGGAGGGGCCUCAGAGGAUGUGAAGGUAAAAUCUCGAGCAGAGUCACCGCCUCCUGUCACCCAACCGGCUCUUCCUAUCGACUGUCCUCUUCCCCAAUCUAAGGAAUAA